AAUUAAAUACUAUAGUUAAUAUUGUUUCUCUUAUAACAUAGUUAAAACCGUUGUACAGACUGAAUGCUUGAUAAACAAUAUUUACGAUUACCAGGCACGCGCGGCUUCCACCAAAAGUUGCGCCGCCAUGGAGGAGUUUAAUAGUGUUAAGGCCAACACUUCUGUAGUCAAACUGGCAGCAUGCUUGGAGAAAAUUUACAACAAAAUCGUGGAGGCAAAGGAAAAGCAAUUGGCUGAACAUCAAAUCAAGGAAAUCGAGUUCCUCAAGACACAAUGCAAGAACGAGCACAUGCAACUGAGCCUGAUGAGCUGUCAGACAUUGGUACGCCUUGUCGACGAGGGCGUGCUGGAUGCGAACAGUGUGCAGAACACUUUGCUAUCAUUGUUGCCGCAGGCGGGACCCAUGCACUUUACUAUAAUUACGGACAGCAUUGUCGGGCUGCAGCUCCUUACGCUGAAACGUAAGACGUCACUGCUCAAGGACAAUGAUAGCUAUCAGUGUCCGUAUGGCCUGAAGACGCAACAGCAUCCGCUUAUCGCGCUGCUCCAGCACCCGAGUGUUAAUAUGAACGACGUCAGCAAUAAGAUUAUUGGCAUUUGUAUGCAUCAUGAUAAGGACAUUAGGAACCAUAGCAUUGAGUAUCUUCGACCCGUCUUCCUCUACAUGCUGUGCAACCCACAAACGCUGCAGGAUGUCAAACCUAUCUGGACCUCUCUACUCACCUUAAGUAGCUCACAGGUAGAGGCGCGGGCGCUAAUGCAAGAACUGCUGUCCUGGAGUAAAUUCAAUAACGCCACCACGUGUCUAUGCACCAGCAUUCUUGUGAUCGAAGCCAUUGAGUACUUCCUACAGCAGGCGGAUCAUGCCCAAUCCAUCGAACUGUGCAUUUAUCAGGCACUGUUGGUUAAACAGUUGGCUCAAUAUGGUGUCGAUCCACGUCCCAGCUUGCAGUGCAUGCUUCGCGUCUUGCAUGAAACCCGGGAACAUACACAAAAUCAUUACCAUGUGUUGCUCGUUCUGCUGGCUGAUUCACUGCACCUCCUGUCUCCUUUUUAUUUGGCUGAUCUGCUACGCAUUGUUGCCUUCAUUGUCGUGCAGGAGCGCUGUGGUCAUGAAUACAUUCUGAACAUGUGUCUGGACGGUAUCAUUCAGUGGAUGUCUCAGACUGCAUUCAUACCCGCAGAAGGCCUCGCACUGGCGCAUCAAAUUGUGCAGCGUGUGCUGCAGAAGACGUCGACCGAGGAGGAAGCUCAGGAAAAUCAAAAGAUUGAAACGCACAUUUGCACAAAGGAGCUACCACCAGCACAUAUACGUAACUAUCAUCCGGACAUUGCCAUCGCCUUUGACUUGGCCAAUUUAGUCGAGUCGUUCGAUUCCUCCGAGUACAAAGAUGUGUUUGCAUUUGUCGAUGCUCUCAACGUAAAGGCGAACACAGCAUUUUGUCAACGUUUGCAUUUAUUUUUGCGCGCCCUCUUUUUGUCGCGCGAGCCCCCUGUGGACUGCUGGUUCAAAAUCUACGAGGUCAUUCUGCAGAUAAUAGCAGUGAAUGAGAACAUUGCCUAUGAUUUUAACAUGACGUAUAUUUUUAAGCUGGCCCACGAACAAAAUCCCGAGCUUCAGUUGGAACUACUACGUGGCUUGCCCAGUUUUGCCGUCUCAAAGGACAAUGUGCCCAUGAUACUUAACACCAUUCGCAACUUAACGGCGGAGAAUGCCACGCUUUGUGUGGACUUAUACUUGCGUUUGUGGCGCGUUGAGGCGCGCACCUAUCCAUUUUUGCUAAAACUUAUUGCCCAGCCCCUGACCAACAAUGACAAACGCUGGGAGCUGGAAGUGGCGCGCACCCAUGCAAUGCGUGAGAUUUGCCAGGAAAAACCGACAUUACAUGGCUCUGAGCUGCUGCCGCAUCUGUCCAAUACAUUGAACACAUGCACCGAUGAAUCGGGUGAUUUGGCGACUUCAUUAGCUUUAGAUGCCAUCUACGCAUUAUGUGACAGUCACACCGUCAACAUUGCUUCUACCUGGCAGGCAUUAGGCAGCAAAUUUAGGAGUGAGCAGCGUCCGCAGACUCUAAAGUCGCUUUAUCGGUUCUUUGGUCUUGUGCCACUUCUGCAAACGCCUACACUGGAGUUUGAACAGCUAGCGGACGAUGCACUGGAGCAAUUGUGGUUAUCCAUCAGUAGACCCAACACGGAUGCCACGCACAUACGCAAUGCGCUCACCGCUCUCAAGAGCUACGAGCCGGGAGUUACACUAACGUUACGCCACAUACCACCACAGUUUAAAUUUGAUAUCACUGGAGGAGGUGGUAGCAACGAGUAUGGCGGAAAGCUAGGUGGACGUGAGGUUGUGGAUCUGCAGCAGGAGGCCAUACCAGGUGAGGUUUGGGUGCAGCUAUUGCAGAAAAUUCGACCAGAGUGCGGCGAUGCGGCAGCCGAUUUAAUAGCCCAUUAUAUUGGCAACGAGAUUAAUAGUUACCGGAGUGGUGUCUACCGUCUGCCCGAAGGUAAACCGGAGCCACGCAAGUUAGUAGGCCUCUACGCCACCAGUCCAUUGCGUUCUGUGACCAACUAUCUCGCGGCUCAAGCGCGAUUUGGGGAUUAUGUGCCUGAGCCAUAUGCAGUGACGUUCGCAUUGCGGGCGAUUUCAAAGAAAUUUCCGAAGCCGAUACCACCGCUUGAUUGGAGCUGCCUGACUAGCUUCUUUCAUCUCUCUUUUGAUGCACGCAAGUAUUGCAUUAUGAUAGCUAAGAACCAGGCCUUACAUUCUGGAACUGCACGAAGAUUGCUCGAAAAUUUUUUGGUUGACUUUGAGCCAAAUUGUUUUGAGGAGGAUCUACUUCUGCUGUUUUCGCUACUACCCGAGAUUGCUAAUAGCGUGAGUUUGCAAAUUCUGAAAAACUUUGCGGAGAAAGUGGCAGUCUACUGUUUUAAAGAGUCGCAGCUGAAUGAAUUUUCAGAGGGUUGCCUGUUUGAGAAAUUUCUGGACAGCGUUAAGUACAUCUACAUGGGGAAAUGCGAUAUACCUGAGGUUCUGGAUGUUUUCACGCUGAUUGUUGAACGUUAUAUGGACUCCAUGAACUUGGACUCGAGAUUAUUUGAGCGCUACACUGAAGUGGUGGCGUUGUUACAUCCCAACGCUAUCGACGGCCUCACAACGCCGGCAAAUUGGUGGGAAACGCCUUUAGGCAAACUAAAGAAGGCAACCAUAAUCCGAUGUUAUCUGGUAUUGUACAAUACAAAACUGCCGAACCCACUUAAAUGGCUAAUCCCAAUCAUUGAUGCCUACGAGUGCAGAUUAGAAGAACGAGUUUUCUUCUACCGUCACUUGGCCGCCACACUCUAUGCCUUUGAAAGCGAUGAGCAUUCCUGCAAUUGGAUUAUGGAAAUGUUUGUGGAAAUACAAAUGCUGUUGGCUGAAUCGUCCAACAAGAAGAAGCUAACAAGGGCCCUUUAUCUACUCGAUAUAUUUAUAUUGUCCGUUGAUGUGCUAUCCGGUUGUGCAGUUCUCCUUGGCAGCGUGGAUGUUGUAGCUACAGAGAGUAAAGAACGCUUUGCACUGUUUCCUGAGAGCAUGCAAUAUCUCUGUGAUCACAUCUUUUGGAAGGAUCAGGAAGCAAAGAUUUAUGAAUUUCUCUAUAACCUCUAUAGACAUGUGUCUAUUCCGCCUGCGUAUUCGGAUAUAUUUAGAGAAGCGCUGAUUUCUUCACGCAACAAACCGUACUUUGAUGGCAAAGGUGUAUGGACCAAAUAUAUAGGCCUGCGGAAAUAGACACAAGCAUUUAUUCAGAUUACAUAUAUACAUAUAUGAAAUAUGAGCUUAAAGCGUGUUGUUUGCUAUUUCAAGUUGCCCAUUGAGUUUACGGAAAUAUAUACAUAUGACAAUUUUUUAA